AUGAAAAACAAUCUUGAUUUUGAUGAAAAAUUAAAGAAUAAAGCUGAUGUCGAACAUACACAUCAACAAUUUGAUGAAGUUGGUUUUAAUAAAAUUAAGGGAAUACAUGAACAGGAACUUGUUCCUAAUACAGGUGAAAUUCCUAUGUAUCAAGAACGAGUCAAAGUUCCUGAAGCAGUUGAUGGUUUAAUUGUUAAAGACUUCUUGGUAAUUUCAGAUCUAAAUGAUGAAAAUAAAACACUUAAUGUCAAAGAAGAACUUAAUAAGAAAGCAGAUAAAACAUAUGUUAAAAGUGAGAUAUCAUUCAUUGAUGGUGUUUUAAUGGAGAAAGCUGAUAUAUCAUUUGUAAAAGAAGAAAUAAAACAGUCUGAGGUCUAUUUUAACCAUUCAUUUUUAAAUUUCAUGAAGUCAUCGGAUAAAACCUUUGAUAUAGAUUCUUUUGAAGGGAUAUGUUAUGAUGGAGUGACUACAUAUUUAUUAUAUACAGCAGGAGUACUUUAUUAUUUAAAAACAAAUGAUUUUAAAAAAUAUGAAUCAUUUACUCCAUCUGUUUUGGAUCCAUACACUCAAGAGCUAAUCAACAAUCCAAGAAUUUUAUAUGUUGAACAUAAUAACGGUAAAUUUAUAGGAAUGACAACAGUUAGAGAUGAUUUCUGUCCAUGUUAUUCCUUCGAUUGUAUCAAAUGGUUCAAAUAUAUGUUAAACCCAGAUGUUGCAUUUAAAUAUCCCAAUAACCCCAUCCGAUUUGUUAAUAAUAAAUGGAUACUAAUUUAUGAAUAUAAUCAAAUUUUCAUUAGUGAAGAUGGUUUAAAUUAUUCCUCAGUUAGUGUUUUAUCAGAUUUGGAAAUCGAUUAUACAAGUAAGUGGUAUUACACUAACUGUAUGUAUUUUAUCCUACAAAAUGAUAAAAUUUAUAGAUCAUCUUCAAUACCACAAGGUGAUGGAGACAUUGAAGCUUUAUGUUAUGGAUCAAAUGUUUAUGUUCUCGUUUCAGGUGGAAUGGUCUAUUCAUAUCCUGUGAGUUAUAACAGACAUAUUUAUUUAUCACAGGAUUUAUCAAAUUGGGAAUUAGUUUAUUCAUUCACUCCAAAACUUACUCGAAAUUAUAGAUUUUGCAAUUUGUUUUAUAUUGAUGGGUAUUUCAUCGCUUUAGGAUGUGGUGAUUUAGUAAAUAUCAGUAAUGAUGGUAGAACUUGGUCUGAAAUCACAAAAUUUCAAGAUGUACGAAAAGCUAUUUUCAAAAAUAAUACGUUAAUAUUGAUAACAAGACCAGUUUUAAAUACUCGCCCAAAUUCAAUAUUAUAUAAUAAAUUCAAUAUUCAUGAUGGAUUAAAUACAAAAGCUGAUAAAACAGAACUUCAAGAAAUGAAGAGACAAAUUCUUGAAACUUUAUAUCCCAUUGGUUCAAUUUACACAUCAAUGAAUUCAACAAAUCCUUCAGAAGUUUUUGGUUUUGGAACAUGGCAACAAAUUACUGAUAAAUUCCUUUAUUGUGCAAAUUCUUCAAAACAGACUGGUGGUUCAAAAACUAUUACUGGUGAAAACCUGCCUGCACACAGUCAUUAUAUUGAUUUCAAUACUCAAGAUUCAGGUUGGAAUAAUCACUCAGCAUAUAAUAGAGGAUGGAAUUCUGUUUCAAAUAGAGAUUCACCAAACGUUCAAGUAAUGUCAAGAUAUGAGCUUUCAGGUGAUCCACAAGAUUGGAAUUCUGGAAUUGGAAUCGGAUAUGCCGGAACACACAAUCAUAGAAUUACGGGAUAUACACAAACAACGGGACAAAGUAAAGAUUACAUGCCACCUUACAUGACAGUAUUUGCAUGGUAUCGCGUAGCUUAA